GACCCCUGGAUUUUUGGCUUUCGCGUCGCAAUUAUUCCCGGAAAUGAAAUAUGAACUCCAUUAUUCGAUUUCUGGAAGAAUUGCAGCUUCACAAUUGGGAGAUAAAAAAUGGGUCACAUCGCAUUCGUACUCCUCUUCUACCACCACUAAGCAAAGGACCAAAUACGUUCGGGUCAAAGUCUACACCGUCCAAGCCGCCGCCUAAGCCACUGCCACAGCCACCGACUCCGUUUUGGGGCUCGCCCAAUCUCAUGAUUAUUUUUAGUGAUUUGGCUCGUGUGACUGCUUUCCAUCUUAAAGAAAAUGAUCUUGUAUGCAUAGAUGGUCAAGAGACUUCAGAUCCACCUCCUCUUGAUGCAACUCAUAGUAGCCAGUGUCUAGAGACUAGGAUUGAAUCCUUAGACCUGUGGUUCAUAGUACAAGUAACUCUACCACCAAAUUACAUGGCUGAUGGUGUUGUCUUUUGAAGCUUGUCUUACAUGGUUCUAUUCUUAAAGAUGGCCUAUAAUUUGUGUAGGAAGAGAUGUUAGAUAUAAGUUUUUCUUUAGAACAAAUCUCUUUGCCUCUCAGUGUCUUUUUGUUCAUUGUUAGUUUAUAUAAACUGAUCUUUUUGACUUAUAAUGUUGGAUUAGUCUUAUAUCCAGAUUUGGUAAUGAUAGGUUUUAGUGAGUAGUGUCAAUUUUGUUGAGGAUUCUUUGGGAAGUAAGAAAAGCUCUGAAUCCCAGCAACCAGGAGGGAGCUUUAAUAAUUCUGGUUAACUCUCUUCUGGGUUUUUUUAUUAAUGUUUUAAGUAUGUCGUAUGUUAAGGAUUCUUACUUUUACUUUUUUUUGUGGUAUAUCUGAUUAUGGGCUAUACAAGAUUAUGGGCUAUACAAAAAGGGAUAGCCUCCCCUAUUCCUAAAUACCUUCUCACUCGACUCAAGGAUUGAACUUAAGAUUUCUAACUUGGAGUCUCAAGUUUUUAACCAUUGAGUCAUCUCAUUGAGGCCAUUCUUACUUUUACUUGUCCAUUUAGAAACUUAACAAAUAAAAGGCUAAAAUUUUG